AUGUCAGCAAGUCAAUCGAAAGACAGGCAGGAUACUGAGACAUCAGAAAGUGAAUCGACAGAGUCAGCAUAUCAUCAUAAAUCCAGUGAUAGUUCAGAUGACGAUGAUAAUGACGAGGAUAACGCUGGUGACAAUGUUGACUUGAAAUCUGAAACUCUACAAGAAUCAAGUAGUCAGGAGAAAGACAGCAAGACAGAAGACAGUGACGAUAAUGACUAUGAUGAUGAGGUUGAUGACGAUAGUGAAGAAGAGUCAACGAAAACUGAUGGUACUGAAAGUGAGUCAGGUGUUACAGAGAGUCGUCAAAGAGUUGUACAAUUUGGAACUGUAUCUAGACGGUAG